AAACUUUCAGUCUGUUCGCCACAAACAGGUUUAAUCACAGCUGUAAGUCGAUGCAUUAGUAGUGUAUUUGUGCAGCAUGUUGUUGAGCGGCUCUCGCUGCAUUAAUGCGAGUGUGUAAAACUUUGAUUCCCGUUGCCUCGGGCGGCCUGUCAGGCUCUGAAAUGAAAGCAGCUUUGACUUUGUUGGAACUUGUCGGAUGAAGCUGUGAGUCACACAAAGCUAAUACAUAAACUCUGCAGACACACGCAUGCAUGCACAUCGCUCCCCUUCAGCACCUGGACUCCACGUCUUCUUUAUUUGUGCUGAGGAGGAUGAGACGCACUGGUUUAGCACAAACGAGCUGAGAGUCUCUUUGCCUUCAGGUGAUCCAUCGCUGGGUGUCAGUGGGUCAGGUGGUGGAGCUGCACCAGGAGGCUCUGGAGCGACCACAUCCAGUGAGGGAAUCAGCACCACCUCUGUAGGAGCUUCCUCCGCUGCAUCUUCAGGCGGAGGGUCUCUGGUUUCAGAGGCUUGGGAGGCGUCGGGGUCGGGUGAAGAGUUCAGGGCUGCAACAGGCUCCUCAAACAUGUCCUACAGUGCAGGAAGCGGUGGCAGAGAGGGGGCCAAAAGGGACGGAGGUUUGGGUGCCGUGACAGUUUCCACCGUGAACAAGCCCGGCUACAGCUCAGGAAGAUCAGGGGAGGCGAAGAGGGGCUCCUCCUCCUCCUCCGUGUUCACUUCUUCACCUGCUUCAAAGGAGAGGAAGAGCAUCACCACCAUGGCUGCAGCGCUGUCAGAGGCCUUUGACGAAAGCUCGAGUCCAAACUCGUCUCCAGAGUACAACAGGAAGGACUAUGGCAGUUCAAGCGCACCAUCCACUUCUGUCACCAGAGGGAGAACUCAGAGCCGAGAGAGUGAGAUCAGAGUCCGGCUCCAGAGCGCUUCUCCUACAGGAAGCUGGACGGAGCUGGACGACGUGAAGCGCCUGCUGAGAGGAAACCGCUCCACCGGCAUCAGCCCCACCCAGUCCCCUAACAACACGCUGCCCAUCCCCAAGAAGGCCAGCGUGGAACCGAGGACCCUGCCUGACAGCUCCGGUGCAGAUCAGUACGGCAGCCUGUGGAGUGGGUCGUCUGUGAGCAGCUACAUGUACAACCCCAACCACAGCAACCUGAGCAGCCUCUACCAGCCAGGAGUCCAGAACAACCUGACACUCGGCUCUCCGUCUGUGAACGGCGGCCCGUCUCCGGUGCAGAGCGGCAGCUCCGCUCCAGUGUACGGCGUGCAGAAUAACCUGACCAGUCCCACUCCCACUACCCUUUCUCCCACUGCAGCCAACACACACAUAGUUUACGGCGUGCAGAAGAACGUCUGUGGAACGAUCACAGCCGCCGUGAGACCCAGCAGCCCCAUCAGUGACGAGGCCUCGGGGAAAGACUUUAAGUUUGUGCUCACGGAGAAGGAGAACGCUCCAAUCAAGCAGACAGAGCGGCUCGCUGUGGCCAAAGACACCGGGAAGCAGUUCAUGUCUGCUGCACCUGCCAGUUUACCCGCUUUGUUCUCUGAUGACACCCUGAAGACUGAGAAACUGAAAUCCUUCAGCACAGUGGACAGAGGAACAGAAUCUUCGAACCUGAAAGCUGGGACUAAAGACAAAGCCACCUAUGCAGACAUCCAUAUAAAAGACAUAAAACAGUCCAGUUUUGGCUUCUGCUCCUGCUGCAGCUGGUGGCAGUGGCUCCUGGGCCUCCUGCUCAGCCUGUUGCUACUCUUCAGUGUCCUUUUUGGACUCAUUGCUUUGGGUGAAGAAGUCAGACGCCUGAAAGGCCGCGUGGACGUUCUGGAAGCCAUCACCAGAUCUGCGUCAGUCAGUCACUUGACGUCUUCUGGCAACAAAAUCUCUGAGCGGGUGGAAUCCACAUACAUCGAGAAGAAUGCCGCUUCAACCCUCAUCCACUCCGACAACGGGCUCAACCUGGAUGGUGCUGGCACAGGCGGAGGCACAGGAAACAGCCUGGUCCAGGACAGGGCCACCCUGGAAAGACUCAUACAGCAGCUGCUCAGGGAUGAGCUCCGCUCAGGAUCUGUAAGAGAAGCUCUGGCAUACUCACUGAAAGGAGAGAGAGGAGAGCCGGGACCUAAAGGUGACCCAGGGCCAUUAGGACAAAAAGGUGAUAUGGGAACCUCUGGCCCUCCAGGUCUUCCUGGGCAGAUCGGGCACCCAGGUUUGGAAGGACCAAGGGGACCAAAGGGAAGUGCAGGUGAACCAGGUGCUGAGGGACCACAAGGUCAGAGGGGUCGGGAAGGACCGGUGGGCCCCCGAGGAGAACCUGGAUCACCUGGCUUUGGAGCCAAAGGAGACAGAGGAUUCCAAGGUGAGCCAGGGAGACCGGGUCCUGCUGGUAUUGCUGGACCUGCAGGUCCAAAAGGUGCCACAGGAGAGCCGGGUGCCGCAGGAAGUCCUGGUGCUCCUGGUUCAAAGGGAUUCCAGGGGGAGGCGGGGCCUCCAGGAACCAAAGGGGACCGAGGAACACCUGGGCUGCCGGGAAUCAAAGGAGACCACGGAGAGAGGGGACCACGUGGACCGGCAGGUGAACCCGGACAGCCUGGACCUCAAGGACCUGCAGGAUUAAAGGGAUCUAAAGGAAUUGCAGGUGACCCAGGUUCAGUAGGACUUCCUGGUGCCAGAGGACCACCUGGAGUUCCUGGAGAUGCCGGUCCCCCAGGCCCCCCUGGGCUGCAGGGACCCCCAGGUAUUGCAGGAAUCCCAGGCCAGCCUGGUGGUAAAGGUGAACCAGGAACACCUGGCAAAGUCAUUUCUCCAGUUGGCUCUGAUACUGUGGCCAUCCCUGGACCUCCAGGACCAGCUGGACCUCCAGGUCCUGCUGGACCACCUGGUCUGUCAGGUCCAAUUGGCCCUGCUGGCAUCCCAGGACAACCAGGAUCUAAGGGAGAACGAGGAGAAAAGGGAGAGAGGGGACAGAAGGGGGAGCCAGCAGACACUUCCUCAGUGGUUGGAUCUCGUGGUCCACCAGGACCUCCAGGGCCUCCUGGAGUACCUGGUCCACAGGGUCCUCCUGGUGAGCCUAAAGAGGGUCCCCCAGGACCCAGAGGUCCUCCUGGAGAGCCAGGUAUCGGCGAACCUGGACCUCCAGGCGAGAAAGGAGCACCUGGGAGCUUUGUGCCGACAUCAGAAACCUUCUUUGCUGGACCACCCGGACCUCCAGGACCCCCGGGGCAGAAAGGGUCACAGGGUGACCCAGGACCACAAGGGUACCAAGGUGAACCAGGACAACCAGGCCUUCCAGGAAGCUCCGGAGACCCAGGUGUUGGUUUCCCAGGUCAGCCUGGACCUCAAGGUCCACCAGGUCCAGACGGGCCACCGGGACCUAAAGGUGAUAUGGGAGAUCCAGGACCUCCAGGAAUUCCAGGAGUCUCCGCAGGUAGCUUGCUCAAUCAUUGCCCCCCAGGCCUACCUGGACCGCCCGGUCCACCUGGAAGAGAUUGUCCUGGAUCUGGAUCACUUGGUUUGACCCCAUGCAUUGCAGAAUUCCUUAAGAGUGGUGGCAUCAGAGAGUACUUUGUUGGACCUCCUGGGCCUCCUGGGCCUCCGGGGGCACCAGGCACACCUGGACAUGCAGUGGACGGGCUGGUUGAUGAUGUCGCCAGCAGAGUCAUCGCCUACAUCCACAGGUCAGGCAGAGGUUAUGAUGGGACCCCAGGCCCUCCUGGUCCUCCGGGUCCACCUGGCUCCGUCUCUCUCAAUGACAUUAUCAGCCUAUUACAGAGAGAGGACGUGAGGCGAUACAUUGCUGGUCCUCCGGGUCCACCGGGACCUCCAGGAGCUCCAGGCUAUGGCAGCUACAGCUUUAACACGCAGGAGGUGGCUGAACGUGUCCUUAGUUUGAUGACUGAGAGGGAGGCGCUUGGUGUCCCUGGACCUCCUGGACCUCCUGGACCACCUGGAGCUCCUGGUUUUCCUGGAAACUUUUUACCAGAUGGGUAUCAAACUUUAGUUGGCCCUCAGGGGCCUCCUGGUCCCCCGGGUAUCCCUGGCCCACAAGGUCCACCUGGCCCAGAAGGACCACCUGGACCACCUGGAUUUUUUAACUACAUCAGCUCAGACAUUCGUGACUACCUGCAAAAUGUUGCUUUCAAAGGUCCUCCAGGCCCACCCAGACCCCCUGGACCUGAGGGACCCCCUGGACCAAUCAGUGGGUUGGUUACUUUUGCUGACCAUCUCAACAGAGACGCACUCAAAGCUGAACUACAAGAAUAUAUCAAGAGUGAUGAUGCGAGUGCCGCCAUGUUUGGAAUUCCUGGUCCACCAGGUCCUCCUGGACCCCCAGGACACAAGGGAGAGCCAGGUUUGCCCGAUGACUACUCCAGUAUGGCUCUCAAAGUAACUGAUUACAUCAAAUCCCACGGUCUGCUCCAUGAUGCCAUGAGCAACUCUGAGCGCGUGGUUCAAGGACCUCCAGGACCUCCAGGAAUGCCUGGAGAGGCCCGAUUGGUUAGUUCCCAACAAAAUGUCAUGGAUGUGGUGGAAUACUUAAAAUCUCAUGGUGUGAUGUGGGACAUUAUGAGGGAGUACAGACAUGUCUUCCAAGGCCCUCCAGGGCCCCCAGGACCCCCAGGUCAUCCAGGAUACAGCCACUGGCUUGAUUCCCAUGGUAACACCACAGAUCUGGUGGAAUAUAUCAAAUCUCGUGGUCUCCUCCGAGACACUGAACGUGUCAUCCAGGGACCCCCGGGGCCACCGGGACCUCCGGGUCCACCAGGAUACAGCAGACUUUUUGGUUCUGACACCAACGUUUCUGAUUUAGUGGAAUACAUAAAAACUCAUGGAGCCAUCGUGGGACCACCUGGGAGACCAGGCCAGAAGGGGGAGAGGGGAUUUCCAGGACUGAAAGGAGACAGAGGUGAGCGAGGCCUUCCUGGACCUGAAGUGUACAGAGGAGAAUUCACAGUGACGAGUAAAAGGAGGAAGAGGAAUGCUGGUGUUUGACGCCCGAGCUGCUGAAAGUAGUUUCCUGCGUUUCGCUGUUUUAACUGUAAAUGUGUGUUUUGAACCUGAAACACAUGAAAUCAGGGACGUCGUACUGAAUUAGCUCGUGUGUGACGGUGUUCAGGGGUAACAGCAGACUUUACCAUUUCAUUUUUUACUCAUCAGACCAACAAGUAUUUUAUGUUUUUUGGAGUUUGUGUUUUAAUUCUUGGUAUCAGUAUAAAGAAUGAAACAGCACAACGUUAGAGAGAAAAAAGUUUAUUUACAUGAAAAUGAAAAUCAGCAUUACAGGCCUUCUAAAAACUAUACAUGUUAUAAAAUGUGAUAUGUUUUUUGUUUGUUUUAUAGUCAACAUUCAGAAGUUAAGAACCAGAAUUUUGUAACUGUUUGUGGUGGACGAUCAGCUUUCAUACAUAAAUAACUGCUGAGGACGUUUUGUAAAAGGUGCACAGCACUCCGUCACUGAGUUUUGUUUUUUGUACAUAUGAUAUGAAACACUUUGACUAACUCAUAACAGCCAAUCAAAGAAGAUGAGAUGAUCAAAUGAACCAAUCAGAGGAGGAGAUGGCCUAAACCAGUCAGGUCCAAUUUUUCUUAACAUUACAUCAGAUUUAAUAAUAAUAAUAAAAAAAACUGCAAAGAGCUCAUGUGUGUUUUUUAAUAAAGAGCCGUCCCACCUGCUCAAUAACUGUUAAUAAGCUUCAGAAUUCCUUCAAAGGCAGUCGCGACAGGUAUGCAGAGUCUCCACGUCUGUAGGAUUAAGGCUAGUAGCUAAAACAGUGUUACAGUCUGAAUCCAAACCUGCUGAGCUGCAUGUGGCAGCAAAAAUACAGACGAGGCAAAUAUGAGGUGUGAUGGAGUCAUGUGACUUAGUUUGACUGAUCUCUCAGUUAAGAUCAUCUCCUCGUGCACCUCGGGACUAUUUUCUACAGCAGUGGAAGUCCCUUUAUAUCACUGUGCCUGUGUGGAGCGCCUCCAUCAACAAGCCUGCCGAGUACGACAGGUGGUGAAGGCAUCCUUCAUUAAAUCAAUAGUGGAGGAGAGAUGAACACUGAAUAUGGAAAAAAAUAAUUUGAGAAACAGGCGAGAACGUGAAAGUCAAAUCUGUGCAGAAGUGUUUGUGGGGAAAGUGGUUCGAACGGGACUUCCAUCGAACGUUUUAAAACAAGUGCAGAAAUAAUCCAGAGGAGCACGAGGACACGACCCUGAAGGGAAGCUCGCUGUAACCCUAAAAUCAGA